UGUGAGCAUUGAGGAACCGUUAUUCUCACCCUGUAGGACGUACUAUGCAGCUGCGGCCCACUCUCAUCGAAGACUUCAAGACUCUGGUGGCUGAGCAGGGAAUGAGUGAAGACACUAUAAUUAUCAAAAAGAACAAAGGUGAAUGUGUUCCAGGUGAGCAGGUCACACCAGAGCCACAGAUCCAGAGGGCGAGGAGGAAUGUGGUCCUGCCGGCUCCUGAGGAGGGAUCCGGUGACGAUAUGUCCAUAUUUAGAGGACCUGGUGAGUAACAGUGCCACUUAUGUGCUGCUUUCAUAUCUAUCUAUAUA